UGGAAUAAAAUGGCCUAGUAUGUUGGUAGCCAACAAUGUCUCCACGGGGCUAUGCUAAAGCUGAGUCGUAAGAGUAUGCGAGUCAAGCCGGAGAACCCUGAAUUUGAAGAUCGAGUCAUGUCGACAGCUGAAGACUCUGAUCCACCAAUCGCAACAUGCUUCUGCUUUGGGAAGACCAAUCAACGCCUCGUGCCUGGGCAUGGCGGUGAUCCUUCAUUUCCCUCCGGACCUUAGGGCUUCACUGGUAAAUUCAGAAGACAGCCCGACUGUCCCGGGCUGGCGAUGGGGCCAUCGCCCCCAACAAACAUCUUGUUUUUUCUUAUCC